AUGACUCGGCUCCGCAGGAAGGCUCUCGUGGCGCUUUUCCUCUUCACGCUCUUUAUUUUCGGGACCAUGAUGGGGCUCAGGACGCUGAAACCCAGCGACGGCUUCUCGGACAUGGCCCCGGGGAUGGACUUCAUCGGGGAGAGAUCCGACAGGAGGCGGCUGGAUGUGAAAGACGCGGUGGUGGUGUCGCCAGGCCAGUUCCACAUGGGCAGCAGCGACACUAAGGUGGUCUUCACCAAAUCUGACCGAGAUUACAGCAUAUUCUACGACGUUCACAUAUUCUACUACCUGUGGUACGGCUCUCCCAGCAUAGACAACAAGUACAUUCACUGGGAUCAUGUGUUGGUGCCACACUGGGACCCUAAGAUUGCAGCCAGUCAUGCUCAAGGAAGGCACACCCCUCCGGAAGACAUUGCCUCAAGUUUUUACCCCGAGCUGGGACCCUACAGCUCCAGGGACCCCAAGGUGCUGGAGUCACACAUGGCCCAGAUAGAAGCGGCAGCAGCAGGGGUGCUGGUGUUGUCCUGGUAUCCUCCCGGGGUGGCGGACGACCACGGGGAGCCCACCGAGGACCUGGUUCCUGCUGUCAUGGACGCCGCCCACAGGCACAGCAUCAAGGUGGCCUUUCACAUACAGCCCUACAAAGGACGGACGGACCAGAGCAUGCAUGACAACAUCAAAUACAUUACUGACAAGUAUGGAAAACAUGGCGCCUUCUACAGAUUCCGGUCCAGUACAGGACGAGUCCUGCCUCUGUUUUAUGUCUAUGACUCCUACCUGACGCCGCCAGAGUCCUGGGCAGAGCUGCUGACCGCUAAGGGCUCCCACAGCAUCAGAGGCACGCCUUACGAUGGCAUUUUCGUCGCCCUCAUCGUUGAGGAGCGCCACAAACAUGACAUCCUAGCCAGCGGUUUUGAUGGCAUGUACACCUACUUUGCCUCCAACGGUUUCUCCUUUGGCUCGUCCCACCAGAACUGGAAAGCCAUCAAGGCCUUCUGCGAUGCAAACAAUCUGCUGUUCAUCCCCAGCGUUGGUCCAGGUUAUGUGGACACUGCUGUUCGACCAUGGAACAACCAUAACACCAGGAACAGGGUGAAUGGACGUUACUACGAGACGUCCCUGCAGGCAGCCCUGUCUGUCAGACCAGAAAUUGUCACCAUUACUUCCUUUAAUCAAUGGCAUGAAGGAACGCAGAUAGAGAAGGCUGUACCCAAGAAAACAGUGACCCGUUUGUACUUAGACUACCAACCCAACCAGCCUAAUCACUACUUAGAGCUCACACGUCAGUGGGCCGAGAACUUCAACAAGGAGAAGGACAAAUGGCUGAUGUGAGCGUGAUUUUGUUGCCCUGGUAGAUGCAUUAAGUCUCACUGCUCUCACUGUAGAAAGACAACAACUUUAUGUUUGUGCACCUUCCUGUUUUUCUCCAUUUCUGCGCACUGCU